AUGUCGGAGAGCGCCCGUCCGUCUGCUGGUUCUCAGCAACAGCAGAAGAGACUUGACCAGCAGCAGCAGCAGCAAGAGCAGCAGCAGCAGCAGCAGCAGCAACAUCAACUGCCGCAGCAAGAGCAGCAGCCUGUGGAGUAUCUGCAGCAGCAUCAUCUGCAGCAGCAUCAUCUGCAGCAGCACCACCUGCAGCAGCAUCAUCUGCAGCAGCAGCAUUUGCUGCAGCAGCAACUGGAUCCUCGUGGUUGUGGUCGUCCUUUAAGCCGCAGCAGCAGCAGCGGGACAGCAACAGGAGCAGCAGGAGCAGCAGCAGGAUCAGCAGCAGGUGGUUGUAUGUUGGGUGUAAGUAAUUGUGUAUUAAGUCCAUCAUUACAGAUACAACAGCAGCAGCAGCAACAGCAGCAGCAACUGCAGCAGCAGCAGCAGCAACAUAUUGCUUCCUCCUCUGUAGCAGCAACAGAGGGGUCCCCCCCUAGCAGCCCUAGGUCUACGUUUUCCUCUGUACAUUCAUAUGUACCUAGUAAUAAUAAUACAGCAGCAGCAGCAGCAGCAGCAGCAGCAGCAGCAGGAGGAGGAAGUCCAACUCAUCAUCAUUUAGGUCCAGCAACAGUAGCAGCAGCAGCUGCAGCAGCUGCAGCAGCAGCAGCAGCAGCAGCAGCAGGUUCACCACCAGGUGCCUCCCCUCCCCCCCCACCGACCCCACCACCAUCCCAACAGCAGCAAGCAUCAUCAGACACCUCUGACACAGGUGAUACAGUUGCUGCUGCUGCUGCUGCUGCUGCAGCUGCUGCAGCUGCUGCUGCUCCUCCUCUUCCUCCUCCAACAUCAUUACACCACCACCAUCAUAUACAUCCUCAGCAGCAGACAACAACACCUACACCACCACCACCAUCAUCAUCAUCAUCAGCAGCAGCAGCAACAGGAGCAGGAGCAGGAGCAGGAGCAGCAGGAGGAGGAGGAUUAUAUGAGGUAGCAGUAUCAAUACCUUCUUCCUCUUUUUCUUGUGCACACUUUGUUGCAUAUAAGAAUUAUAGAGAAAAGAUACAUGGACAUAAUUACUCUGCUGCUGCUAAAUUAUUUGGACAAUUAAAUCUUCAUGAUGGAUAUGUUAUUGAUUUCUCUCAAGCUAAGACAGCACUCAGGGAUGUAUGCAAGUCAUUAAAUGAACAUUUAAUAGUACCUAUGCGUAGUGAUGUAUUAGAGAUAACACAAGAAGGAAGCAGCAUACGCAUGCGUUGUGAGGAUGGGGCUGAAUUCUUGAUACCUAGACAAGAUUGUCUUUGUUUGCCGAUUGUUCAUUCAACUGCUGAGGAAUUAAGUGCUUAUAUAUGGCAAUGUUUAUUGGAUACACUAACAGAAGGACACCUAAAAAAGAGAGGAAUAAGGUGUAUGGAGGUGUCGGUAUCGGAGAAGGCAACUCAAGUUGCGGUGAGCACAGCUGAUGUCUUCGUUGGAACAGUUGCAUUUUACAUAGAACAGGAAUGCAAGAGGGUUAAGGGAAGGUCGAACCUUCGACGGAGCCCUCGCUCUAGGAGGAUGUCAUCUCCAGGAGAAAGCCCUGCUCAUUCCUUGGACUCUAGUCCUGGUGGUGGUGCAUCUUCUUUAGCAGCAGCAGCAGCAGCAGCAGCAGCAGCAGCACAAGGAGGAUCACCAUCAGGAGGAGGAGCAGAAUCCCAAGGUCAACAAUCCUCUUCCUCCUCCUCCUCAGCAGCAGCAGCAGCAUCAGGACAAGGAGGAGGAGGAGGAGCAUCAGGAGCAACAGGAGGAGGAGGAGGAGGAGGAGGAGGAGUAAUAGGGGAGAGUUUCUCAUUACCCUCUGUAGUAUUACAAUAUAUUUAUUAG